AUGGCCACCGUGUCUAAACACAAGAAAGUGAGGAUCAUGAAACAGAAGUUGAAACUUUUUCGAGCCAAUGAACCAUUAAAAAGUGUACUGAUGUGGGGCAUAAAUUAUUCGUUUUCCGCUCUAAAUCAUGUGAAGCAACGUGCACUGUUAUUGAAAGACGAUUUCAAAGCAUAUAUGAAAGUGAAGGUUAAUAACCACCAUUUUAACAAGGAGAAUAUGCCUAGUAGAUUCAAGUUUAAGGAGUACUGCCCAAUGGUGUUCAAGUCAUUACGAGAUCGAUUUGGAGUUGACAAGAUGGAUUAUUGGGACUCUUUCACCAGACACCAACCAUUGUGGGAUAGUACGCGUGGAAAAUCUGGAUCAAAAUUUCUAGUCACGUAUAACCGACAAUUUGUAGCCAAAACAAUCAGUUCAGAAGAAGUUGAACAAAUGCAUCAAAUGUUAGAAGAAUAUUAUUCUUACAUUGUCAAAGGACACGGCCAAACACUGCUUCCUCAAUUUCUUGGACUUUAUCGACUUACAGUGAAUGAUCAGGAGUCGUAUAUCUUAGUAAUGAGGAAUGUGUUCAGCCCAAGACUUGCGAUUCACAAGAAAUAUGAUUUGAAGGGCUCAGCUGUGGAUCGUGAAGCCAACGAAAAGGAGAAGUCAAAGCCCUUGCCAACUCUGAAAGAUGCAGAUUUUUUAACAGAUUUGUGCAAAAUGCAUAUUGGUGAAGAGUCUAAAAAGAAGAUGUUGAGUACUCUGGAAUGUGAUAUACAGUUCUUACAGGAGAACAAUUUGAUCGACUACAGCCUUCUUAUUGGAGUGCAUAAUCCCGAGAUUGCAUUGGCUAAUUCAAUUGAGGAUGCUGGUGAUGACGGUGAAGGGACUGGUGGUGGUGUGUUGGAGCCUAACAGUCGAGGCUUCGAUGACAGGAUGGUGUCUGCAGGUGACGGUCUUGGAACACUUAGCUCACAAUGGCAAUGUGGUCGUUUGUCGAUGGCUAGAUCGAGUAUUGUGCUUGGUCUGAGCUCGUCAGCAGCUGCCGAGGCUGCUAGUUGUGGUGUUGUCACUGGGAAUGCGAGCACAGGUGAUGAUGACGAUGAAGAGGAGGACGGGAUCAGUAUACCAGAGAACAAUACACAAGUCCCUACAAGUGAAUUGACCCCACCGGAUAGUCCACCUGGUGCAGAAUGUCUACCUCAAUUAUUCUCAGGUGAAUUGCAUCCUACUUUGGAACACUAUGGAAUCAAAAGUUCAAUUGAUUCUCCUCAUCCACUGAUCUAUUUUGUGGCUAUUAUCGACAUACUAACCCGUUAUGGGAUGCGUAAACGUACAGCGCAAACUUACAAAACAGUGAAACAUGGUGCUGAUGGUGGUUCUGUGAAACCGGAAUUCUACGGUCGUCGUUUAUUGGAAUUUGUUGAACAGUGCAUUGACUGAGCGGAAUGAGAAGUCUUAGUUGACCUCUGUAUGAAUGUACGCAUCGUUCCCUUGCUUUAACUCUAUCUUUCUAUCUAACUAUGUAUGUAUGUUGUUUGUUGUAUCGAGUUCCUAUGUGUUUGUAUAUAAUGCGU